AUGGCCAGGGACAUCGCCGCAUAUCCUCGCAGGAUAAUUCGCAAUCGCGAAGUCAUAGUAGACCAUGCAGGAGGGGCAGGUGCCGAUGGGGCGUGGGGUGCGCAGUUUAGCGCGUUCCCCUUGGGGACUGUGACGUUGUCCAGCAGCCUGGGCAUCCUUCGCGUGGUGCGAAAUUCCAUCGACCGCUUUUUCACCGCCUGGCCGGGUGGAAAGCAAGGCAACAGCUUCGUUCACAUCUUCGCCGCUGCCGCGCGCGUGGCUUGGCGUCCCAAGCAACUCUUUGACACCUGGGAGGCUUAUCUGAGCAAUCAGAGCGACCCAGUGUGCCGCAUGUACCCGAAUGGGAUGGUCGAAGGCUGCGGGGGCACAGGUUUGGAAAACGUGGGUGGCACUGCAUAUGUGAACGAGAUGCUGCUGCAGUCGCAUGAAGGCUUCAUCCGAGUGUUUCCCAGUUGUGCACUUGCGGACGUCUCAUUUCGACUCCGGGCCAUCGGUGGGUUUGAAGUCUUUGCAAACCGGACAGAUGGUGCUGCCGGAGCAAUCGUGAUUCGCUCUCUUGGCGGAUCCUCAAUCUGCUCAGUAUUAAGUCCGUGGCCAGCGAUGCUGGUUAAUGGGGCGCCCCAGGAGCUCGUGAAUGGCAAAGCCACGUUUGCAGUGGAAAGAGGAGGUAUCCUCGGGCGGAUCGGGAGUGAAAGGAGCAUCGCAGCAUUCUUCGAAGUCAAUCUGGAACAGUUCGCCGGCUCUCUCAUCCCCUUCACCCCAACCAAGGGGUGCAACCUUGGCGGUCCAAUGGCAAAGUCCCCUUCACCCAACAUCCACAAUAAAGCAUUGGACGUGCUUGUUGGCAUUGGCAGUGCUUGCUGGCUGAGCAAACUGGGGCAAAGCUCCCCGGCACAGCAUUAUCUGCAACUUAUGCUGGAGUCACUUUGCGCCAGCAUCCUCACCUACAUCUGUGGGGGCUUCUCGGACCCCCGGGCCAUGGCGGGAGCAGAUUGCGCGCCAAACUCUGUUGAGUACUGGGACGACUUCUACGAUGACCGGAGGAGCGCGUACGACACGCUGCAUGGCUACGAGGAUUUGCGACCGCUGCUGUCCCUCCUCCCCUUCAGCAAUCGAAGCCGGGUCAGAGUGCUACAUGCAGGCUGCGGCACGAGCAAUGUCACCGAGGGUUUGUGGCGCGACGGCUUUCGAAGCAUCCUCAACAUCGAUUUCAGCGAUGUCGUCGUGAAGCUCAUGGAAGAACGUUGGUUGGACCGCGCGGCUUUGAGCACCGACGGGGAUGCGAUGCGCGAAGGUGUGCAGUGGCAGCAGAUGGAUUUGACAGACUUGUCUCAGCUGGCGCCUGCUUCCUUUGACGUGGCACUCGAGAAGUUUACGUUCGACGCCAUCCUUUGCCAGUCCAAGGACGAUGUGCUGGACGCACGUGGAACAGCCGCACUGCGCGCCUUGCACCGAGUUCUGAAACCGGACGGCUUUCUGGUGUCGGUCGCCUGGGGCGCUGAGAGGCGCCAAGCUUUGCUUCGAAGCGGCGGCCUUUUCGAAGUGCAGGUGCACCUCUUGUCUGGAGAGGCAUCGCAGAGACCGUUUGUCUACUUCUGCCGGAAACGACUACCAUUGCCAUCCGACUCAGUUUGUACAUGGCAGCCACAGGAGCUCCCAGUGAAGGUUUUGCAAGAUGGGCGCCUGGAGAUUGUUAUCGAGCUUGAUUCUCCAGCCUGCGCCGAGGACCUGACCGUCGACCUCAGUCAUGCCGAACUCCGGUGGUCCGCACCGGGCCUUGCAAGGCGUUUCUUCUUGCCCUUUGCCGUUGACACAGACAACGCAUCGGCACGGUGGUUGACGGGCGAGGAUCUGUGGACCUACCUCCUCUUUUGCCCCGCCAGAACGCUUGUCUCAUCAGCGGUCACCAAUGAGUUUGCGUGCUUGCGUGUCUCGCUUCAUGUUUCCUUGUGUCUGCCGCGGCGUUUGUCUCUGAAGAAGCAGUGGGCUUCCGACAGCGACAACCAUGAUGCCUCGUCGAGCUCAUCGGCACGAACGUGUUUCGAUGAGGACGAAGAGGCGCCAGUUGCCGAGCUGCACGUCAACGGUUCUGUUUCAGUUCUUCCUUCGCGCAACGCGAUGUAA